UUUUGCAACACUGAAAUCGGUAUGUUGUGAUGGAAUUUGAAAAAAUGGACGCGCAGGAUAAAACAAAUAAUAUAAGCAACUCGGAUCCCGAAAGAGCCAAUGUCAGCAAUGCUAACAAAUCCUGGGCCGACACUUCUGCAGUCGACUUCAACGAUGUGACGGAACAACUGGAAAGAACUCUUAAGGGAGUUACUCAGGACUCCCGAAGGAGGAGUCUCUUUAACAACAAUGUGGUUAACUUUAGUGAGGUAGGCUCAAAAGUGGACGAGGUUGAGAACUACAAGAAGCGGGAGCUGCAGAAGCAGCAAAACUUUAUCAACUUUGUGCUACAGGCGGCAGAUAAUUUGAAGCAUCUGCCACCCGAAGAUCCUAGGCUGGAGCCCAGCGAGGAGCAUCAGCGCUAUCUCAAGGAGGGUCCUAACACCGAGAACUUUAUACGUGGAUCUGUGGAGUUCAUGAAGAAUGCAAACCGAUAUCUAAGAGAGAUGUCCGAGGCCCUGGAGUUACAGGCAUCUAUCUCGGAAUUGAGCCAGUGCGCUUUGGACGAUCUGGCCAGUAAGGCCAUCCACCAGAACCUGGCCAGGACAUCAAAGAAUAAUUAGAUAAUAAAUGUUACUA